CUGCUAUCUACUCGUAAGAGGUGCGGGUGCUUCGUCUACUUUACGCUCAAAUGCCAGUGCCCGAUUAAAAGGUCUACGCUGAAAGACCACGGGGUUGUUAAUCAUUUAGCCUAGCAAAGCUUUUACCAUUACAAGCGAGUUAAUUGCUAGUUCGUUCGCCCAGAAUGCAUGGGCUCACUAGCUUCCUGAGUCUCUCAUUAGCAAUCGCAUCCGGAACCAGGGCUUUGAAUGCUUCCAUAUUCACCUUCAGCCCAUCUCCACCAUGGAAAAAUACAAAGACUACGAUGGUAACCGAUGAUAUAGCUCGGCAUCUCCUGGAGCUUCGAAUGAACGUACCUACCGCUUCGGCUCUAGGGAAGUGGGAUCAAGACCUAGUCGAGCUUUUGGACACAUAUGGUGGCACACCACGUCCGUUGUUUGGCGGUGAUGUCGACAAUAAGGACGUCACUAGGAGCCUUGUGAUUCUUGAAGGGAUAGGGGCCGGACUUGGAUCUACUAUUCAGCAAGAGUACCAAGGAGGCCUCGUGAUCGGUAGCCCUUCGGCCAAUUACCUAAUUGAUGGUUUCCUCGACACAUCAUCAGAGGCUAACUCUGACGGCUAUAUGGCUAAAAAGAAAUAUUGCAAAUCCGAUAGCGGAGGCGAAACCAGCUUCGAUGUUCUUCGGACACUUGAAAAUUGCAUUCCAAAGGGCUCUGCAUUCGAAGCGGUAGCCCACAUAUUCGGCAAAGAGCUUCUCGGCAUUGUGAAAGCGAUGGAAGCAUGGGUGGACGAGCAGAGUUUAACAGCAGUCUUGAAAAUCUCAUUUCAGUUUCCUGACGAAUAUGUCGGCUCUGGCUCUGUAGCUGGUUCGCUGAUGUCUGUUCUCCAUGGUCUACGUACUCUUUCGUCAGACGUCAGACAGGUCACAGCAGUUCUUCUGCCUACAUCUAGUCAAGAUGAAGGUUCGAAACAUAGGAUGAAUCCUCGAGGAGCCGUGACAGAGGAAGCUUCUGUCAGAUCGACUAGCGCAGCAGUUAUGACGACGCUCCAAAGGCAAGCACAUCCAGUUUGUUUCACCUCGAAUUCUUCUUGCACUUUGGCAACUGAUAGCUGCUCUGGACAUGGGGUUUGCUAUAAAAAGUCCGGUUCAGCCAACGAUGAGGCCGCUAGCGAUUGCUACGCAUGCAAAUGUAAGUCAACCAUCGUCACCAAAGAAGAUGGUACUGUUCAAAAAAUUCGGUGGGGAGGGCCUGCGUGCCAAAAAAGAGAUAUCAGCUCCCCUUUCUUCUUGAUUGCUGGUAUCAGUAUACUGGUGGUCAUGGCGGCAGGUACUGCUGUGGGGAUGUUGUUUCACAUUGGACAAGAUGAGUUGCCAGGUGUUAUAAGCGCUGGGGUUGGCCCCACAAAAGCGCAAAAGUGAUGUCAAUGCUAUAUACUUCGGAGUACAUCUCAUCCAAACC